AUGCAGAACGAUUUCACGUGGGAUGGUGCACAGGAAGCUCCCCACGCAAACCGUAUUCCAGCCCAGUCCCCACCCCGCGUGGGCGUUGCGCCCGGAGGAGCGUGCAAGGACGUGGGUCGGCCCGCGGGCGGGAGACUGAAGCGCGCCACUCUUAGCUGGGCGGGGGUGGAGUGUACAUCGCUGCCAGGACCCAGGCGGAGUGUAGCGGCCUGUCAGGACCCGGGAGGCUGGAGUACACCGCUGCCGGGACCCUGCGUGGAGCACACCCCUGCCAGGACCCUGCAUCGGGCGCCCAGCUAUCCCAGUCGCCAUUCUUGUCCUUCGUCCCUGCUCUCCAUCCCCGUCCGCACAUCCCGGUCCCCGGCUCUCCGGCCGCGCUUUUCCUGCGUCCUGGUCCCCGGCUUUCCCCCGUGUCUCCGGCCUCGCCAGCCCAGCCACCUGUGCUCCCCGGUCCGCGUCCCUGUCUGCGCCCUCCUCGAGGGCCCCGCCGCCGCUGCCCUGGCGCUUCCCGCGGGCCCAGCCGAGGCCGCCUGCGCCCUGUGCCAGCGCGCGCCCCGCGAGCCGGUGCGCGCCGACUGCGGCCAUCGCUUCUGCCGGGCGUGCGUGGUGCGAUUCUGGGCGGAGGAGGACGGGCCCUUCCCGUGUCCCGAGUGCGCCGACGACUGCUGGCAGCGCGCUGUGGAGCCCGGCCGCCCGCCGCUGAGCCGCCGCCUGCUGGCGCUCGAGGAGGCUGCCGCGGCGCCCGCGCGCGACGGCCCGGCCUCUGAGGCGGCGCUGCAGCUGCUGUGCCGAGCCGACGGGGGCCCGCUGUGCGCCGCUUGCCGCAUGGCCGCGGGGCCCGAGCCGCCCGAGUGGGAGCCCCGCUGGAGGAAGGCGCUGCGCGGCAAGGAGAACAAGGGAUCUGUGGAGAUCAUGAGGAAAGAUCUGAACGACGCUCGGGACCUGCAUGGCCAGGCUGAGUCCGCCGCUGCUGUGUGGAAGGGACAUGUGAUGGAUCGGAGAAAGAAGGCCCUGACUGACUACAGGAAGCUUCGGGCCUUCUUUGCCGAGGAGGAGGGGCGCUUCCUGCAGGAAGCAGAGAAAGAGGAAGGGCCCCUGGACGAUGAGGAUGCGGACCCAGCGGAGAGGUUCAGGUCCCUGCUGCAGGCUGUGUCGGAGCUGGAGAAGAGGCACCGCAACCUGGGCCUCAGUAUGCUGCUCCAGUGAUGUGCUGCUUGCCCAGGCACCAGGCAGAGGAAGCUCAUUACAUCCCUGGCCUGAAGCAGCUCGUCCAUCCGCCUCCUUCUGGACCACCCCUGUCAUCCUUCAAGACACCCCAACCCUGAGUGUCUUCUCCUAGGUGUAGAUGUGGGCUGCAAACUCUAAGUGCUCACCUUGAGUUGCUGAAGACAGUGCUCCUCAGAAGAGUGUUUGUGUUCCCUUUUCCUCUAGGUGUUCAUGUUUCUAGGCUAUAAACAUUUCACUGUAGAGAUCUGUAUUGGGGGUAAGUUAACCUGAGUGUAUCCCAACUCCAUAAAGUUCUUUUCGCUGCCCCAAGUCUCGUCAGA